UUACACACAGAGAAUAUGCUUUUUAUAGAGUUUAGAAACAUGCCCAAAUUACAUUGCUUUAGACUGCAAACUACCUUUUGAAUUUUAUGCUUCCUUUUAUUGACCUGAACUAAAGAUCUUCCACUAUCAAUUAAGACAGCAUGCCCUUUUUCUGACCACAGCAUAAUGAAGUGACUUGUGUGCCUGUCCUGCUCAUAGGUGUUUGUUGUCCUCUGCUGAAAGUUGCAGUCCUUUUAGAUGCGUCAGAAAAUACUGCAUACGCAGCUGCUCUCCAAACCAGUUAUUUCAGGAUGCUUACAUUAGCUCAGGUAGAGAGAAUUGUUGACAAAAGGAAAAACAAGAAGGGAAAAACAGAGUAUUUAGUGCGGUGGAAAGGAUACGACAGUGAAGAUGAUACUUGGGAGCCAGAGCAGCACCUUGUUAAUUGUGAGGAAUAUAUACAUGAAUUUAACAGACGCCACAAUGAAAAGCAGAAAGAAAGCACAUUAACCAGGACAAACAGGACCUCUCCAAAUAACGCCAGAAAACAAAUCUCUAGAUCUACCAAUAGUUCUUUUUCAAAGACAUCUACUAAAUCUUUAGUUAUGGGUAAAGACCAUGAGUCAAAAAAUAAUCAACUCUUUUCUGCCACCCAGAAGUUCCGGAAAAACAGUUCACCAUCUCUUUCUGGAAGGAAAAAUAUGGACCUCGCAAAAUCAGGUAUUAAAAUCCUAGUGCCCAAAAGUCCAAUGAAGAGCCGGACAACAGUUGAUGGCUUCCAGAAUGAAAGCCCGGAUAAAAUGGACCAUAUAGAACAGGAUCAAGAAGACUCUGUAGCACCAGAAGUAGCCGCAGAAAAACCAGUGGGAGCUUUAUUAGGACCUGGUGCAGAGCGUGCUAGAAUGGGCAGCCGACCAAGGAUACAUCCAUUAGUGCCACAAUUGCCAGUGCCAGUAACAGCCACAAUUGCAUCAGCAUUAACAAUAAAUGGAAAAGGUACAUCCACCUUUAUGGAAGCAUUAGCAGCCAAUGGUACAACCAACAUACAGACGUCUGUGACAGGAGUCACAGCCAGCAAACGAAGGUUUAUUGAUGACAGGAGAGAUCAACCUUUUGACAAAAGGCUACGUUUCAGUGUGAGGCAGACGGAGAGCGCGUACCGGUACAGAGACAUUGUUGUCAGGAAACAAGAUGGAUUCACACAUAUUUUGCUAUCAACAAAAUCAUCUGAAAAUAAUUCACUAAAUCCAGAGGUAAUGAAGGAAGUCCAGAGUGCACUGAACACAGCAGCUGCAGAUGACAGUAAACUCGUUCUGUUCAGUGCAGUUGGUAGCAUUUUCUGCUGUGGUCUUGAUUUUAUUUAUUUUAUACGACGUUUAACGGAUGAUAGAAAAAAGGAAAGCACUAAGAUGGCAGAAGCCAUUAGGAAUUUUGUGAAUACUUUUAUUCAGUUUAAGAAGCCUAUCAUUGUAGCAGUAAAUGGCCCAGCCAUUGGACUUGGAGCAUCUAUAUUGCCUCUGUGUGACGUGGUUUGGGCUAACGAGAAGGCUUGGUUUCAGACACCAUACACUACUUUUGGACAAGGUCCGGAUGGAUGUUCAUCCCUUACAUUCCCUCGGAUAAUGGGCCUGGCUUCUGCCAAUGAAAUGUUGUUCAGUGGAAGGAAGUUGACUGCACAGGAAGCUUGUGCCAAAGGACUCGUCUCUCAAGUGUUUUGGCCAGGAACAUUCACACAAGAAGUAAUGGUUCGAAUCAAGGAACUGGUCACAUGUAACUCAGUUGUGCUUGAAGAAUCCAAAGCUUUAGUACGGAACAUCAUGAAGGUGGACUUGGAACAAGCAAACGAAAAGGAAUGUGAAGUUUUGAAGAAAAUCUGGGGCUCAGCACAAGGAAUGGACUCAAUGUUAAAAUAUCUGCAGAAGAAAAUUGAUGAGUUCUGAUGAGAUGCCCAUUGACACUGGAAUUGUAUUUCUGGGACAUCAGGGCAAACAUAAAGUGCCCAGUUAAAAAAACCUAUAUAAACUAACCCCUUGCUCAGCUUGGGAACAGGAGUGGACACCCUCCCCUUUUAUUGUCAAGGGGUUUAAAAGUACUGUAUCACUUAAAUCUGAACAAAACUCCUUUCUCCCUGAUUGUUACAUAUAGAUAUACACACACACACAAGUGUAUGUGUGUGCAUAUAUGUCUUUUAUAUAUAUAUAUAUAUAUAAAAUGUAAUAUGUGUGUGACAGUGUGUAUGUAGACACACGCACACAAGCUAAAAAAAAAAAAAGAUAGAGUGCACUACCAAACAUCUCUUUAAAGGCUCUAGUUUUUGUUAUCUUUGGCUAGUACUGUAUCAAAUAGAGAAUGGAUUAAAAAGUGAAUGGUGUUGCAUUAUUUUCUGUGUGGCAGGGAAGUCUGGAAUAAUGCUUUUCUUGUUCAUUAGAUUACAGCAUUGAAACGGGUAUUAGCCAGCCCUUACUUUCACUGCCCAAGGAGUCAGCGAAGAUAGAAGGCCUUGCCUCAGAAGAAGGUUGAAAUACCUCAAGCAAUGGAACAUUGUAAAAUGUGGGGUAAUUAAACCCUGUUAAGCUUACAUCACCAUAUAUCCCCAAAAAGAGAGUGUGCUCAGGAUUAUUGCUAAGAAAACACUCUGUCCUUUUAUGGGGGAGGUAUAGAGGGGUGGGAGGAAGAGGGCAGGAAUACGUUUAAUUCUUACCCAGAUAACAUGAAGAAACCACUGUCUCUUAGGGAAGGGGAAUGCGGGGAAGUGGGAGGGAAAUGGAAG